UUGUUCAGGAAUAUUUGGAACAAACAAAAGGCAGGCAGGCAAGGGCAGAAACAUGGGUAGGAAAUUGGAUGCUUUGCUUGGAAGAAACUUCAAGGCCUCCAAGUUUAAAACUCUUGCUAAACUUGCUGUAUCUAGGAUUGCUAUCCUCAAGAACCAGCACCAAGUCCGGUUUUCCCAUGCCAGGUCUGAUGUUAUUGACCUCCUCAACCUUGGUCACCAAGAACGAGCCCUUCUGCGGGUAGAGCAUGUGAUCAAAGAGCAGAAUCUGGUGGAUGCAUUAACUAUAAUGGAAAGCUACUUUUAUCUCUUGAUAGAGAGAGUCAUGCUCAUUCAAAAGAACAAGGAAUGCCCUGAUGAGCUCAAGGAGGCAACAUCAAGCUUGAUGUUUGCAUCAUCAAGAUGUGGAGAAUUCCCUGAGCUUCUCCACAUUCGUGGGGUUGUAUCAUCCACGUUUGGGAAAGAAUUUGUUGCUCGUGCCGUUGAAUUACGCAACAAUUGCAGUGUGCAUCCUAAGAUAGUACAGAAGCUUUCAACACGACAACCAAGCUUGGAAAGCAAAUUGAAAGUCCUGAAGGAGAUUGCCUCCGAGAGGGGUAUCGCCUUGCAUCUGGAGGUAGAUAGUCCAGUGGUUGUAGAGGAGGAAAUGGAUGUCAAUGAGAAGCAGAAUGAGUCCACUGCUAAUAAAUCAGCCAACUUGGAUGAUCCUGAGCACAAAUAUACUGCCAUUGAAUUGCCUAGAGAAAUGAACCUGGACGAAAAGUUGUCUGAGUCUAUAAAAGCAAGGAAAAAGUACAGAGAUGUAGCUGCAGCUGCUCAAGAGGCUUUUGAAUCAGCAGCUUAUGCAGCAGCAGCUGCAAGAGCAGCUGUUGAACUCUCAAGAACUGAAUCCCAAGACUUUGAUCCAGAUGAUGAAAGUGGUUCUACCCAUAAAAAGGGAGGCCCCAGCCUUAAGAAAGGAGCAUUUUAUGAUUCUGAUGCAUCAGCAGCCCCUGAAUUUCAAGGGAAUGCAUCUUCAGAUGGAAUUGAGCACUCAAACAAUGAAUUAGGAUUUGAAAAGAUCCAUCCCAUUGACAACUAUAGUUCAGAAUCAGAGGGUGAAGACGUGACAAAAAAUAACAAUGGCCUCGAGCUCAAUGAAAUUGAAGAGAUCGAACAGAGAGUAUGGAUAGAAAGGGCACUUUCUACUUCAAGUUCAGAUUCUGAUGUAGACAUUUCAACUGAGAAGAAACUGUCUUCGGACCAACUGAGACAGAAUGAACAUUUGGGUAAUGAAUUAGCUAUUGAUCUAGUCAAUAAUGAUAGGGAGAAGGAAAAGGAUGAGACACAAAGGCCGAAGUCUCAUGACUUAAGCUCUACUAAUAAUCUGAGCUCAAGUACAAAUGAAGACCAAAAUAUUAGACAGAAUGAAGAAUUCAAUAAGGAUGAAAGCAAGUUUCCUUAUCAAUCUCCAAAUCUGACAAACACUCAGAGCUUGAAUUUUGUGGAGCAAUUGCAUUCUAAGCAUUCACAUAUAGACAGAAAGUGGGUGUCAAUGAGGACUAGGAGAGAGCGUCGGAUCUGAUUUUUUUUCUUUAGUUGUGAAAUUUUGGUCGCUAAUAUCUCUUCAAUUUUUUUUUUUUAUCAAAUAACUUUUGGUAUGCCUUCUAGAUUUAGAUUAUGAUUUUAUACUGGAAAUCAAUAUCAAAGAAAUUAGAAAAUUUUUUGUUC